UCGUGGGACCACAGCCCUCCGCGUUCUUGUCAUCUAGAAUCAGCAUCAUGAAGCUCCAAAUUCUCCUUCUGGCUGCUUGUGUAUGCAUCGCUUCGGCGGGCAUUCCAAAGAAGUUGCUCAAGAAAUAUGCGAUGAAGAAGAUUAUGGAGAGCUGUUUCGGCGAGCAGCUGAUGGCCGACAUCAAGGCCGAGGUGGAGGCGGCCUGCGACAAGUGCGCCGGCCAGCAGGGGCCCGAGAUGCCGCAGCUGCGUGGUCAGAUGGCGGCCAUGCUGGCCGGCUCCGAGUACACCUCCCGGCCGGCCAGCUACGCGCACAGCGUCCAGUAUGUGCCCGUCCCCGUCCAGUUCCGGCCGGUAUCCUACCAGCGUCGCUGGAGGCGCAGCGCAGAUGGCCACAUCACCGCCGACAAACUGGAGCAGAUGAGGGCCAAGAUCGCCUCCCUCGUCGGCAACAUGACCUGCGUGCUGCAGGAGCUCAAGUUCCUCGACUCUGACAAGCAGGUGGAUUUCCCGUCGAUGAAGCGCAGGAUCAUGGACCUGCCCCUGCCGAAGGAGAUGACGGACGACCUGUGCGACGGUUUGGACAAGUGCCGCGACUUUGCCUCCUGCAUCCCCAGCUCCAUCUUCGAGAAGUCUCCCAUUAUGGCCGGCUUCGGCAAGCAGAUGGCCUUCUUCAAGUGCUUCGAGAUGGUGAAGGUGGAAUCGUGCAUGAAGCAGGACUUCCGCGACGAUUACUUCCCGGCGCUGUUGCGGAGCGGCCUGAACCUGGACUCGGAGGAGAGCUUCCAGACCAUCAUCACCUCCGCCCUGCUGGAGGAGCACAGUGAGAUGAUGUGAGCGAGGACACAGGACAGCAGCAGCAGAGUUGGAUCGGCAGACAGCGGGAGGGGCAUUGGAGAACACUGGUGUGAAACAGGGAAAAUUCCCAUUUUUCAUGAUAAACCUGUUGCUAAUGCUACCUGAGGUUCGUUAAAGGGCAUUGUUGCGCUAAUGACACGACUUGGUCUCCAGAAAUACAUGAAUUAUCUGAAA